AUGUUGGAGUUCGAAAAAAAUCUUCACGCCGCUAACCGUAAUAGCAAUAAUAGUCAACAAGAAAAUCCUUCUUUACCUUGGAAUGCUGAUAAUACGGUAAAAAACGAAGAAAUAAAUAAUAAUAAUUUAAAUUACACUUCUAUUAUCAUUAACACAACAAUUAAUGCGACAAUUGCUGCUGCCAAUAAUAAUAAUGUUCCUUUAUGCAAUAAUACCGACGAUGAUAAUAUUAAUAUUAUUAACACAACUUCUGAUAAUCACAAUGAAACUAUACUUGGUAAUAAUGAUCGUUCGACAAUAUCUUUAACAUCACCAAUGGAUUACGAAGGAGGUGAAUUGGAGGGAUGUGGUGAUGAUAAUAAUAAUAAUAUCGAAGAUGACGAUGUGAUUCGUCAGGCUGAAAUUGCACAAUGUUCUAAUUGUGGUGUUCGUGAUACUCCAGCUUGGAGACGAGAUUUACAAGGAAUAUCUUUACUUUGUAAUGCUUGUGGAAUUCGUCGGCCAACAGAAUUAGCUCCAGAUGGAACAAUCAGAUUAAUGAGAACUCAACGUCUAGAACCAGAAUUUACUUGUAAUAAUUGUGGAAUGCGCAAUACUCCUUGUUGGAAAGGACCUGAAGGACAAAAACUCUGUACAGUGCCGGUCACAA